AUGGCUGCUCUCAGUAAAUCCAUACCGCAUAGCUGCUAUGAGAUAGGACACACAUGGAGUUCCUCAUGUACGACCUCCACCCUGCAGGUGACAGCCGGCGCUCUGGAGGUCUCCUUCAAGAUAUAUGCACCUCUAUAUCUGAUUGCAGCAAUUUUAAGAAGGAGAAAAAAGGAUUAUUACAAAAAAAGGCUGCUUCCUGAGAUCCUGCAAUCUACAUCUUUCCUGACCGCAAAUGGAGGCCUCUACAUUGCAUUUUUCUGCAUUCUCCGGAAGCUGUUGGGACGUUUCUACUCCUGGUCAGCCGGGUUUGGGGCAGCACUGCCAGCCUCAUACAUCGCCAUACUAAUAGAGCGGAAAAGCAGGAGAGGACUCCUAACAAUUUACAUGGCGAACCUGGCAACAGAGACGAUUUUCCGGAUGGCUGUCACAAGGGGUCUUGUUAAGCCUAUGAAACACGGAGAGGUUCUUCUCUUCUGCUUGACCGCAUCUCUCUACAUGUUUUUCUUCAGAUGUAAAGAUGGACUGAAUGGCUUUGCAUUCUCUGCCUUAAAAUUUAUAGUUGGCAAGGAGGAGAUCCCUACACACUCUUGUCUGGCUGAGCAUGUGUACGGACAGGGUUCGGAGAGAGACGCGCCGCCACCGGAUGAGAGACCGGAGCCCACGUCUGCCUCCAGGGGGAGCUGCAUGAGAGCGUUUACACGCAAACUCCUAGACUCCAUAUGCAAACAUGGACCCAGGCAUAGAUGUUGCAAACACUAUCAAGACAACUGCAUCUCCUACUGUGUUAAAGGUUUCAUCCGAAUGUUCAGCGUGGGUUACCUCAUUCAGUGCUGUUUGAAGGUUCCAUCAGUAUUCAGACAGGUCUUUACAAAACCCUCUCGACUGCUCUGGCUGCUCUACAACAAAGAGAACUUCCAGCUCGGAGCUUUCUUGGGAUCUUUUGUCAGUAUAUACAAGGGCACAAGCUGUUUACUGAGAUGGAUGCGUAACCUGGACGACGAGCUCCAUGCUCUCAUAGCAGGUUUUCUUGCUGGCACCUCAAUGUUCUUUUACAAGAGCACCACCAUCUCCAUGUACCUCUUCUCCAAACUUGUGGAGACAUUGUAUUUCAAAGGGAUCGAAGCAGGCAAGUUUCCGUACUUCCCUGAGGCCGACACAGUAAUCUAUGCCAUCUCCACUGCCAUCUGUUUUCAAGCGGCAGUUAUGGAAGUGCAAAAUCUGAGACCAUCGUACUGGAAGUUUCUACUGCGGUUGACGAAGGGCAGGUUUGCCCUAAUGAACAGAAAAGUGCUCGAUGUUUUUGGGACCGAGGCUUCCAAACAGUUCGGUGACUUCACGCCUAAACUGGACCCCAGAUUCGUGCUGUCUCCCAUUGAUGUGGACGUGCAGCUGGGCUGACAGGUCCGUGGGUAUCUGCAAGAUGUCUUCCCAUAGACCAACAAUGGCACGAAGACACGGAAAGCUCUUGCACACGAUCCCUCUCUCUCUUACAUUCUCUCGGCCUGGUGCUCUAUGUCAUUAAAUGUGAAGUGAAAGUGUGAAGCCACUUAUAUGUUUACGUUGAUGUGGAUCUGAAACAUUUUGCAAUGUAAUUACCGCAGGCAAGAUGUGACCUUUGUGUAUGCACUAUUUCUGCAUCGGUUUGUUUGAAGAUGAUUUGAAGUUCAUACUGUAGGAUAAUGUUUGCUUAUUGGAUUUUCAAGGACAGAGUAACAGAGCAGUAAUGUGUUCACGCUAACUCAGCAAUUCCUGGACUCCUUGGGAUCUGACCUGUGACCUCUGUUUCAUAGUCUGCAGCAUUAACUAAUCGGCUUUGAAACUAUAAAAUGCAUUUUAAUUUUUCUUUUUUUUUAAUACAGGUAGGAAAGUACAGAGACAUUUGUUCACAGCACAGCUGGCCACCUCAGAAGGUGAUGCUGGAUUGUCAUUUCAAAUCCUACCAAAAACAAAUCAGUAAUGAACUGUCUGCCAUAGUCAGGAUAUGCGGGUUAAGCCAUGUAAAAAGACCUUACUGACAUCAGGGUUGUGUAUGAUCUCGUCUAUGUCUUUAGUGUACAAAUAGGAAUCUGUUGAGACCUUCUGAAGGUUUUAUGCAAAGUUACUAGUAAAGAGAUUAACAUUUAUUACCCACCUUUUAUUGCAGAUUUAAUAGUCACAGAUAUUGUUUCAGAAGAGAAAAGCAGAUUACAACUCAUCCUAAUGAACUUUCACCUUUUUUUCGGUAGCAGAGCUUUUUUUUUUUAAUUAACAAUAACA